AGCUGUGCGGUGGGGUGGGCUGACCGCUCGUCCGUGUCUCAAUGCUGGGAUUCAGGCGUGGCCAUUUGUCCACGAGCUGCAGGCUGCCAUGGCCAACCAAUAUUCUGCAGACACAUGCACGGUCGGGCUCGGUGCCGUGACCAGCUCACGCCGAGGGGCUGGUCGCAACUUAUAAAGACAGGAAACAAUUUGAUCGGCAAGGAGGCCAGGACGGGCCCUCAGGCAAGCUGGGCAGUGGGCCGGCGCCAAACUCGGGAAUCGGGUGGGCUGGGGAAGCAGGGAAGCUUCCUUCAAGCUGGAACCUUGAGCUUGGGCGGAAAGAUCUGGCUUGGCGUGGUUGGGCUGGUCCUUGUCGAUUGUUCGAGGCUGACGGACAGGGGUCAGGGGUCCCAAAUCGAAAUUCGGAGGCGGGAAGCCCACAGCCAACCUUCCAACAUCAUCAAUGUCCGAUUAUUCGUGGGCCAAAAUACCGGUGGCUGGUUGCGGACGCCGAAUUGUGCAUCACCGAUGACAGCCAUGGAACUUGGACGACACAUUUGUGCCAUGACUCCCAAUGUAAUGCUCUCAAUGUCUGGGAGAAGCUCGGGACGAGCCGUGCAUUCCAGAUGCGAGCACAUGGCCGCCGCAUGGAGACGGGAUGAACCGCUGGGCUAGAUGGGACGGCAGGGCCAAACUAUGCCGACUGACGUACUCCGUACAGAGAGGAAAUUCUGGAGUGUGCCUCUCAGGGGACGAAGCUAGAUUCGCCGUGGAUCAACUUGGGAGCUGCAGUUGCCGAGAGCGACCAUGGUCAUCCCUUGAAUUUCAACUUGAGCUUGAGACAGCUAUUGAUCGGGGGAGCCUGCAUCCCGAUCCGACCGACAACGAGGUGAAGUACUCCAGUA